AUGUUCAAUUCUAUAAAUUAUAAUAUAAAAUUAUUAAAGCAGAUGGAAGAAUUGAUAACUAUUUUAGUAGAAAGACUUGCCAAUUCUUUGCCGGAUAGUCUUAUAAUUUUGCUGAAUACCAAAGUCCUUAUCCAAUGAGAAAAAUUACAAGAAAUUAAGCAAUCAAUUCUAAGCAAUCCAAGUUUUUUAGAAAAUGAUAUAAUUCAUCUUUACUAUGCCCGCUAUCUUCAAACAUUUUUUGCAACAAAAGCUCCUAUACCAGAAGUCUUCAUGCAUUGUGUCACUUUACUUGCUGAUCUCAAUAAUUGCAUUAAAUGACACUCUUUCGAAACCAUAGCAAUUUUAAUUAGAAAAAUCGGUAGAGCUAUUAAACUUUCUUCUGAUUUAUGCUUUAUUUGCAUAAUUAAUGCAAAUUUACGAAAAUUUACGAAAAUAAAUAAUAAUUUUAAAUUUAAUUUUAUUGUUGAAUUCAUGUUUAAAGGCAUAGAUUCAAUUUCAAGGUUGGUAAAAGAAAUUAAAAGAAUAAAAAUCGAGCUGGCUUAUGAUAAUUUUUCAGAUAUUGAAAAUGAAAUCUAUUUAGGAUUAAAUGCCUGGCGAAUUGAAAAGAGGUUUAAUUUUGAUAUUUGGAUGCUAAUAUCCCAUCAGUGAAAAAAUAAUAAUAUUGAAUUUUUUAUAAUAUGAUAUAAUUUUUAUAUUAUUUAUUAGAAAAUUAAUUAUGCAUGUAAAAUAAUUAAUUCAAGGGAAAUUAAGAGAAUGCUAUCUUGACAUCAUUAGCAUUUUAAAAAACGAUGCAUUGAAGAAAAAGACAAACGAUUUAGUGGCAAUCACAGCUUAUAAUUUGUUUCGGAAAACUUAUAAAGAUUUAAUUCAAAAUCGCUCAGAUCAAAAUUUGACUAGCGUUUUAGAUAGUAGUGGGAAAAGAAUUUUUAACUGAAUCACUUCAAUUGAUUGCCGGCUAGAUAUCAAUGAAAAAAUAGAAAGACUAGAGCCGUUUGAUGAAGAGGCUAAAGAGAGGGAGAAUUUAGUAGAAAAACCAAGAGCUAUAUUUAGGGUGACAAAUAUAAAUCAGCUUAUCAUUGACAAAAAAGAUCCAGAUGCAACCAUAUACAGCGUUGAUAGAGGAGCAGUCCAUAUCGAGGUUAUAAAAGCAAAAAUUAGGCAAACUGGAACAAUUGUUGCUUUAAAAAAAUUUAUGUUUUGCAAUACAUUUUUCAUUAUAAUUCUAGAUCUGAAAUCUCUUUUUAUAUAUAAAAAUCGAUAAUUUUUUAUCUAUAAAAAUGUCUAAAAUAGAGUAGAGUUGCAAAAGCUAAAUCCAACACCAGUGAUAGCAAAGAAGCCAGUGAUAGCAGAGAAGUCAUCCAAAACUGCGAGAACGAAGUAGAAAUCUACGAAAAAUUUUCUCAAACCGGGAUGGAUUUUGCCUUAACCUAUUACGGACAUUUUUCUGAGAAUUCUGAAAGAGAUUACCAUAGUCUUUGUAUAGUCCUCGAAUACUGUGAAUCCACUCUUCUGCAUGAGAUCGCGAAUCUGAGCCAAAAAAGUCUCCGCUAUGAAAAUCGUGAACUCGCCCAAAAGUUUUACGCCCUCCUUGAUAUUUUCAGAAAAUUACGAGAAAGGAAAAUAAAUCACUGUGAUAUAAAACCCCAAAAUAUUUUUAUCGCAAGUGGAGGACAAUACAAGCUGGGAGACUUCGAUUUGUCGGAAACCUUUAAUACAAUUGAAGCUUCAUAUCAAGAUGCAGAAUAUCUUAAUUUUUUCAAGGGAACCAAAAGCUGGAUGUCGCCUGAGUUGAAAAUACGCCACGAAAUUUAUAUGCGCACAAAGAAAUUUGAUGAGAAAAUUAAGUUUAGCAAGGAAAAGUCGGAUGUUUAUUCUCUAGGACUUACAUUUUUGAUGAUGGUUACAAUGCAGCCGGUUAAAGGCUUUAAUGAGAAAAAGAAGCAAAGUGAGCUGAUGCUAAAGAUUGAUAAUUUAGAGCAGGUUUGGGCUCAAAGACUACUAAGGCGGAUGCUUGCUUAUAAGUAUGGGGAGAGGCCAAGGUUUAAAGAUGCUUUUAAGAUUCUUAACGAAGACCCUGAGUUUAUUUCAUGCCUUAAUUCUAUUGAGUAA